UGAUGCAGGAAAAUGUCCAUAAUGUAGCUACACUCAAUGACUAAAAGGGGGAAGCACAAAGAAAUUGGCUGCUUUAGUCCGAGAUGGUCUUUUAACUCACUCCAGAGAGCGAACACAAUAGAAAAAUGGAUUCAAAAGCAAACUCAGGUUGCUAGCUGGCAACUUAUUUUUCUCUAAAGGCUGAAAAGAAUUCGACAUUGAUGUGGAAGUUUUUUUUUUUUUUUGUCAGCUGCCAGCUAGUUAGCUAGCAAUCUGAGUUAACGCGACGAGUUUGCCUCAGUUCGUUUCUGGUCGUAUAUGGUAUUUCGGCCAACUUAUUUAACUAUUUAAUUUGUACUGGCAUUCCCGAAGUGAUGUACAUCCAAAUUCCACACAAGAGAAUUCUCCAGAGAGCACUGCAGAUGUCAAGGUCACAGUGAUGGAGCAGAAUAGAAAGACAAUGCCAUCAGAAGGACUGUCUGGGUAUUAAGUCUACUAAUUGAAGACCUGGAUCGUGGCAGAUUUGGCACAGGCUUGAGGGUAUGUUGAGACAUCUCGCCAGGCCAGAGCAGAGGCGUCUAGGCGGUUCGGACGGGGACUGAAGGCGAGGAGGAAAGACAGAAGAGGGACCAGGGAGAAAGACAUGGGCCAGUGUGUCACCAAGUGUAAGAAUCCGACGUCCUCCCUCGGCAGUAAGAGUGGAGACAAGGAGAGCGGUUCCAAGUCCCACAAGAAAAGUGGCAGUGCUGGUGGUGGGGGCCACAAAGAAGAGCCGAGUGCCCCAUGUAGCAAAGCCACCAGUGAGCUGUCAAAUGGCACCAAAGCCUUAGAGGUUACAGUGGAGACACCCAUCAUUCCUGCUUUGGGGCCAUGCAAGGAUGAGUGUUCGGAUGGAGAUGGGCUGUCAGUGCUGCGCAUUGAGGAGCUGUUCUGCUGCUACAAGGAUGAACAGGAAGACAACAUCUUGGAGGAGGGCAUGGAGAGGUUUUGUAACGAUCUAUGCGUGGACCCAGCAGAGUUUCGUGUGCUUGUUCUGGCCUGGAAGUUUCAAGCAGCCACCAUGUGCAAGUUUACAAGGAAAGAGUUUGUUGAGGGCUGCAAGGCCAUCCAGGCAGACAGCCUCGAGGGUAUCUGUUCACGCUUCCCCUGCAUGCUGCUGGAGGCCCAGUGUGAGGAGAACUUCAAGGACCUGUACCGCUUCACCUUCCAGUUUGGCCUGGACGCUGAGGAGGGCCAGCGCUCACUGCAGCGGGAGAUCGCCAUCGCCCUGUGGCGUCUGGUUUUCACACAGGACACACCUGCGAUCCUGGAGCGCUGGCUGGACUUUCUGGCGGAGAACCCCUCAGGUAUUCGGGGCAUCUCAAGGGACACGUGGAACAUGUUCCUGAACUUCACCCAGGCUAUCGGGCCUGACCUGAGCAACUACAGCGAGGACGAGGCCUGGCCCAGCCUCUUUGACACCUUCGUAGAGUGGGAGUUGGAGCGCCGGAAAAAAGAGGAGGAACAGGCACUGAUGGCAAAAGAGGAAGAGGGGAAGUUUACUGAGACAGAGUGUUCUCCCUCUACAGAUAGACUUGAAACAGAGGGAAGCCGUGGCUCACAGACGUGGGGGGGCCACUGACCAGGAAAAAAAUAAAUAUUUGUAAGCGAGAGAAGGAUAUGACCUAUAAGUGAACUGUACAUCUGUGAAUCAUUGGAUGAAUAUUAGUAUUACCAUUACAGCUGUUCAUUUCGCUCUCCUUUUCUGUUGGGGUGGGAUUUCUGCUUUGCAACUUUUUUUUGGUUUUUGAAAGGGCUCUAAGAACUGUUAUGUUUUAAGCACUUCUAUUUAAGUGAUUGUUUUACUUUUUCUCCUCCCAUAAGUGUUUUUUAGUAAUUGGACAUGUGGUCCAUUUUAAUGUACACCUACCUACCAUAACCCCGCAGAGUUAGCUCAGUAAAAGCUUGGUGUUAAAAACAGGCAACAGAAAGCCAUAACGUUUUCCCACAAUUAUCUCUUAAACAGUCUUGAUCUGGUAACACUGCUGAAGUGUUUUGUAAAAGAAAUGGUUUAUAUGAAAGAAGAAGGGAAAUCUGGUAGCCUGUCUACAAAUAAUUUCUUACUCCCAAACACAAGAGUUACCAUAAGGGUCAGGGUGAGUGAAAAUGAUCUUGAUCGGACUAAUUUCGUUUGAUUGUAUGCUUUUUAUCUUGCAGUGCUGUGAAGAUGAGUUGGUUGCACUAGUAUUGCCUUCACAACUGUUGGCCUGCAAUUACGAGGCAAACAGUAAUGAAUUACAAUUCUGUCACAAGGGCAUUUUUGUUUUUAAAAAUAAUACAAAUGACAAUUAGAUUUGUAUGCAUCAAUAUCCACUUAAAAUCUGAGUUAGUUUCCAUGGUAACAGCCCCACCCUCUCUUCUGUGUUGAGUGUUUUUGAGUGCUACUACUGCAGUGAGCAGCUUAGCUUGUUUAAGCAGCUGCUGUGCUCCCUUUUGACCUCUAGCAUCUACCAUAUUGAUGUCCACUUAUUUUCAAGAACAGCUUAAAUGUAUACAACACAAUGAUGUUGGCUAUUCUCAACUGCCUCAUUGAUCUCAUUUUAGGAAAUCUGUAUCACAACAGAUUAGCUACAAAAAGGUCUUUGGUCAUUUGACAGAAGAUGCCUAAACCUGCAUUUCUUUCAGGACCAUUACACUGGGCGAAUAAAGCGUAGCUUCUUUACCUUCAGGAGUUUGAAUCUUCACAUCCUUGAACUGCUAUACAAAAGAGAGGAAAAAAAGUGUGUGCGCACUUCACAAAUGAUGUUGACUGCUGCUGGUGAUGGUUGUAAUGAAUUGCACAAAAAGCAACGGCAUGCUAAUCUGCUAUACUUUGGAACACUUUGCGGAGAAAUUGAUGUCAGCCACAUUAUUUUUUCCCCCUAUUCGAAACCUCUUCUCCAAACUGUAGAUUGAUCUUAAGUAUAGCCUAGGGUGUUUUGGGAGAUGAGUGACUGAGUGUUAAUUAGACAUGCUGGUUAAUCAAGAGUCUGUGAUAGGGAUUCAGUGUAAGAGGGUGGCCAUAGCCUGAUCUGUUUGGUUUACAUCUACAAUGGUUUUAUUUCAGACACCCUUUGUCCUCUUUUUAUAUAAAAUGUAUUGAUUUAUAAUAAAUAAAAAGUGUUGAAUUUUUGA